AAUAAAAUUGUCACUUAAAGUGAAAGCUCUUUUCCCCUACAGUUACUUAUGAAAAUCUUCAAAAGCACAGGAGAGUGGACAGAACUGGACAGUGAACACUCACACGCCCACCGCUAGGUUUUAUCUCGUUCUGCUGUACGUCGUCCGUCCGGGUGUCCGACUCCUCCGGUCGGUGCAUUUUGAAGUUGCGGACAUCUGCGCUACCCCCGCACCUCCCUGCGCGCGUCAUUAAUGAGCUCAGCGCGUGCCUGCUUUUCCUUUGAGAUCAGUCUGAUAGAAUGCAGGCAGGGAUCUCACGUGUGCCUUCGGGCGCAGCGUGUUGUGGGGGGCGCCAGGCAGGAGGAGCCCAAGGGCCCUGGCAGGGAGCCCGGCAGUGCCCAGGACCACGUGGAGGUCGCGGCCGAGUGGGGCGUCCAGACUUCUAGGCUGUUUUCAGCUUGUUCUCAGAACACAAACAGGACCUGUGAAGAGUGCCUGAAAAACGUCUCUUGUCUCUGGUGCAACACUAACAAGGCGUGCUUGGACUACCCGGUGGCAAAAAUCCUGCCCCCCGGUUCUCUCUGCCAGCUGAGCUCUGCACGCUGGGGCGUCUGCUGGGUGAACUUUGAGGCCCUGAUCAUCACCAUGUCGGUGAUUGGGGGGACCAUCCUCCUGGGCGUCGCCGUCUGCUGCUGCUGCUGCUGCUGCAGGAGGAAGAGGAGCCGGGGGCCCGACAAGAGCGAGGAGAAGGCCAUGCGGGAGCGAGAGGAAAGGCGGGUCCGGCAGGAGGAGAGGAGAGCAGAGAUGAAGUCAAGACAUGAUGAAAUCAGAAGGAAAUAUGGUUUGUUUAAAGAAGAAAACCCGUACGCGAGAUUCGAGAACAACUAGACGCAGUCCCCGGCGCGUCCAGCGGCCUCGGCGCCUCUCCCGGGGCUGCCGCCCUCGCCCCUGGCUGAGGGGCCGUCAGAAGCCGCGCUCCCGGCACAGGCCUGUGAGCUUCUGUCCCUUUUCUCUUGUUUCUCUGCUUAGUCCCUGAGAGAGGAAGCCUGUCACGGUUUUCUUUGUUGUUUGGUUGUUAAUUUGAGGAGGAAGCCUGCACAUUCCAUCCAGCCCUGUAACCCGUCUGGUCUGCGAGCUGCGUGCAGACCCCUCCCCUCCGUCCCCCGCCCCGCACGCAGCUCAGCAGGAGGGAGAGCGCGUCCAGGUCCUCGUGGGACCCUCGUUUCCCCAGAACCACAGACGGCUUUCCAUGGACCCGGGUCCCAGGACACAGCCUGACGCUUCUUGACUGCGGCCACACCAAGUAGCUUUGAAAUUUCUUUUUUGAGUAAUUGUUGGAUUUUAUUCUCCCACCUAAAAGAUUCCAUCAGAAAACUUUACUAGCAAGGUUCAGACCACAUACGGGAUGGCUUUUAAUUUGUAUCUUUCCUGGAACAUCAAGAUUCUUUGCUAAUGGAAACCUGCAGUGUGAAACAGCCUCUCCGAGGGCGGUACUCGGGGAUCAUAGCUCCGGCCCCACUGUCAGCAGGGCAGUCCUGCGCCCUCACAAGUGCUGCCUGAGUCUCGGGCCCGCCCUGCCUGUCUGCCACGGUCAUUUAGGGAUGGUGGGUGACCGCAGGUCCGCCUUGGGAGGAAGGGACUGCGUGCUGGCCACCUGCUCCGCUGGGCUCUGUGCCCUGGGGCCGGCGUGUGCCGGGCAGUGGGACGGUCCCCACGCACCACAGGGGAUGCCGGCACCUGUCCCGCUUGUCAGACGACCCGGCUCCCAGCCUCGCCCCUUGUCUCGGGCACAUUUGAGAAGCUCCUUCAGAGGCAGCUUCUUGAGGGGGCUCAGGGGCCUGUCCAGGGCCUGGGUGCGGCACGCAGUGGUUCCGCUUCUUCCAGGUCAAGGUGCGAGACUUGAGUCAGUAGUCCGACUGCUCUCUGGUGGGGACAGCAGGCAGUGAAGUCACCGUGAGCUGCCUUUGUUGAAAGAGACCUGAAAAUAGUCCCAGUUGCCCAACUGCUUUGACUUAGAGAAACCCUGAGCUUUGGAAGGCGGGAGGCUGGUGUCCCCACUUCACUCCGGGUCAUGAGUUAGAGCGUCAGAUGAGCCUACACAGCCACCGCGGUAAGAGCGUCACCAGACACCUGGGCGGCCGGCUGUCCACAUCGCAGCUCUGUGUCUGAAUGAACGGUUCUGCCCUCAGGCGUUCACAAACUAAGAAACAACCUUAACAAACUCUUUAGUCUACUUCUCUGCCUUCUCGGGCAUCUGAUAGCGACUUAGAGUGUGAAACAUCCCUGCGUGUUUUAUAGCAGCCUGCAGAUUUUUACUUUCUACUCUUUGUUUAUAAAAGAAAGUUUGUGGUAGACUUCACUGAGCUCGAUAUUAACACGGUAGUUUCUGGAAAAUUGCUCGUCCUUGACCCUCGGCGGCUGGGCUGAGAGCAGGGCCGCAAGUCAGGAAGUAGGACGGAGCCCCCAGCCCGGGCAGCAGCGUCUCGGCCGUGCACUCCGUCUCAGAUGUGCUGGGAGAAGCCACGCACUGUAGCCUCAAGGGGACCAUAACGUCCGAGUGCCUUAAUCACUAACCAGUUUCCAGUCAGGGCUUUAAUACACGCUUUUGUUGAAUAUG